GAGAGAGAGAGAGAGAGAGAGAGAGAGAGAGAGAGAGAGGAAUGGGUGGUGGAGAGAAGAGAGAUAGGGGUGCCUUUGGGUUCAGCAACAUGGGUUUUGGUAAAUACUUCAUGUGUUUUUCAGUUGCAGUGAAUGCUGUUCUUUUGAGUCGGUUGUUGUAUGAGAGAGGAGUCCGUUACGAUUGUAGUGAGAUGCAUAGUGGGGGGUUGUUUUUUGAGGGAGAGGGGAAGGAAUGCAAGAAUGAGGGUGUGCAUUUGAACACCAGUCCCUCGAAACCACCAGCUUUGACUAGUGACACUCACAAGAGCUCUGUGCCCUCGGACACUGUCAUCAAUUUCGACCAUGGUGACCCAACACUGUUCAUACCCUUUUGGAGAAGGACUGGAGAAAGCAGUACUAUUGUCAUAAAGGGCUGGCAGUCGAUGAGUUAUUUCUCUGAUAUCAAGAGCGUAUGCUGGUUCUUAGAGCCAGGAUUGGCUGACUCCAUCCUGCAACUCCACCAUCUGGUGGGAAAUGCUGAAACUGAAGGGCGACACAUAGUUGUUGGCACAGGCUCAUCACAACUUUUUUUGGCAGCAGUUUAUGCUCUUGCCCCUCGAGAUACUAAAGAACCCAUUAGUGUUGUGGGUGCUGCCCCUUUCUACUCUUCUUAUCAAGCAGCAUCGGACUACUUGAGAUCUGAGGUGUUUAGGUGGGCGGGUGAUGCUUAUGCAUUUGAGAGAGAGCGGGUUGGUGGGGAAGAGAGGCCUUACAUUGAGCUAGUGACCUCCCCAAACAACCCGGAUGGUUUCACAAGGGAAGCAGUUGUCAAUGGAAGCAUGGGAAAAAUCAUCUAUGAUUUUGCCUACUACUGGCCUCAUUACACCCCCAUCACCUCUCCCGCUGACAAAGAUAUCAUGCUCUUCACUGUCUCAAAAAGCACUGGUCAUGCCGGCACAAGGAUUGGGUGGGCUCUAGUGAAAGACCUAGAAGUAGCGAAAAGGAUGACAAUGUUCAUAGUGCUGAAUACCAUUGGUGUUUCAAAGGACUCCCAAUUGCGUGCGGCCAAUAUACUUCGCACUGUGAUUAGCAGCUACGAGCGCAAAGGGGGUAUCAUCAUGGGUCGUGGUGCAUAUGAAAAUUUCUUCAAACACGGCCAUGAACUUAUGAGCAAAAGGUGGGAGAGGCUAAGGCAGGCAGUUGACAUUCAUAAACGGUUUAGCUUGCCCGAAUUUCCCUCUGCCUUUUGCAACUUCCUCGGUCGCCCAAGUUCGACACAACCCGCUUUCGCCUGGACAAAAUGUGAGGGAGACGAAAUUGAAGAUUGUGAGGCCUUCUUGAAGAGCCACAAUAUACUGACACGUGGCGGGCGGAGUUUUGGUUGGGAUCCCAAGUACGUUCGAAUCAGCCUGCUUGACACAGACUCCAACUUUGAUAUCUUUAUAAAUCGGAUCUCCAACAUCAACUAAUAAUAAUAAUACCAUACUCGUCUCUCUUCCAAGCUUCAUGUCUCUCACACUUUCCCUCUCUUUAAUUAUGUAGUGACAGUAUGGAAAAUAUAGGUCUAGGGCUGCUUCUCUCAUGAGGUAUUCAUUUAGUUUUCCUAUACCUCUCUCUCUCUCUCAUAUCGAAUUCUGAGUCCCAUGCUGCUAUUCACCAUCGUAAAGUAGUAGUGUCUGCAAGGAAAAUUCUACAAUAGUUAGGGGAAUCCCUUGUCUUCUAUGUCUUAGCCCCUGGCAUUCUGCAGUUUAGGACUUCUUACAAUUAUGCACUGUUGGCUGUGAGAACAUGAAGUUAUUGGUUAGAAAUAAAAUACAAAAGAAAUGUUACACAAGGUAUGGUGUUCAGGACUUGUUUUUGCUUGGUUUACAUAUCAUUUAUGAAGCGUAGCAGAUGUUGAAAUAAGGACCAACUGGGAAACAUGCUUAUUAACCAAAAUGUAAACAAGCUUAUCAACAAAAUGAAUGUUUGAAACGUA